GUAUCCACUGUACCGCAGAGGAAACCCACAGCUGAGAGUUUUCCUGCCAAACUUUUACAUGAAACUUAUCAAGCCGCGAGAUCCUCAGCCUAAAAAUGUGGUACAGUUUGAGGUCUCGAUGCAGAUGACCAAGUUUGACAUCAAGAAUUAUUUGGAGAAGAUCUACAACGUUCCCGUGGAAAAUGUUGUGACGCAUAUCAGAAUGGGUCCAAUUAAGAGAAGCAAAUUUGGAGGGUACCUGGUCAAAGAUGAUGACUUCAAAGUAGCCUAUGUCAGUUUGCCUGCAACAGAAACCUUUGAGUUCCCCAACCUGUUCCCAGAGGACAAGAAGGAUGAGGAGGACAAGCAGAUGGAACAGAUGGAAACUUUGCGAAAGGAAUGGACGAAGAACAAGAACAGAGACAAGCAUCGGCAGGGAGCGCCAUCCUGGCUGGGAUUAUGAGAUGGUCUGGGCAUGUUUGAAGCUUUGCCCAGUUCUGUAGAUACUCUGUUUGUCUUUAGGUAUCUCUAGAAUGUUCAUUUGAGUCCCAUAGAAAAAAAAGUGGAUGUCAGUCUGUCUCAGAACAUCUUCUGUGACUUCAUUCUGAAAGAUGCCGAGUGUGUCAGGUCUCCAGAUAAUAUAGCAAGGCUGUUUCUUUUUUUUUAUUUAAUUUAAAUGGAUGUAGGAUUCAAAUUUGUUUAUAUAGAUGUAUUUCAACUAAAGCUUUGCCCUUAAAGUGUUAGAGCAGAGUGAUUUAAAGGGAAAAGGUACAUUUAGAUAAUGAUGAUUUUAAUACUGUGUCAAAAUGCUAUUUAAUUGAUGAGUUUUUAAUUAUGCAUAGGAAAGAAAACAUUGUAUUGAAUUGUUAGCCAAUAAAUUUGGCAGUCUGUUAAUUGAAUAUCCUGGAAUACUGUGCACAUUGGAUCUUUCGGAUAGACACUUUUGGGGUAAACAAUAUUGUCAUUUUAACAUCAUUUUUACAAUAGCAUCACCAUGUAUAUAAUUUGUUAAUGUUUUUUGUAAAUAAAGAUGAAAAAGAA